AUGGCCUACUACCCGAUGGAAAUGCGAUCCGGUUGUGGCAUCUGUGGUACUUUUAUGGAGGCCCAUCUUGGAUUUUCCCCGGAAGACUGGCUGAACGAUGUGUUUGCCAUCCACGGACCUAGAAGUCCCGGUCCUGAGAGUCCCGGUCCUGAGAGUUCCGGACCUGGCGAGAGCGAGCUGCUCACAUGGUACGACGCAAAUGUUAUUCCUUUUGGUCACUUUAGAGACUUGUCACAACUUAUUGGCUUAUCGACUACUAAUUCCAACGUCUAUUAUGGCUUUCACAAAUCCUGCAUCUCGAUUGCUCACCAAUUCAUCGCCCCAUCAAACACUACCUUGAAGUCUUUCUGCGAUAUUUGGUUCAGGUUGACUCAACAUUACGCUGGCUUGAUGGGGCCAUACGAUCACCGGUUAUAUUAUCUUCCAUAUAAAAUACACCCGCUUUUUUCUACAUGGUGGUUUUACGAUCCUCUCGAUAUCCCGCGCCUAACGCCUCAUCUACUGGAGAAUGUAAAGUGCCGACGUGUUUCACCACUGUCAGCCGAAACCUCUCGAUUUCGGAACAACCUCUCUAGUCUGCCGCAAGAAGUCCUAGACGAAAUCACAGAUUAUUUCCGGUGCGGAACUGAACCUGUGGGCUCGCAGCCCACAUACUUAUUACCGCAACAUUUCUGGAAGCAGUUCAUCGUCAAGAUACCGUUUCUUUGGGAUCUAGAGGUGCGACGAUUUCAACAAUUCACCGAUUGGUCUGUUGAUAGCAAUAUGGAAUGGGACUGGGAGCUCUUGUUUCGGCAGCUUAUGGAACGUCCUGUUGCAGUCUCUACGAACGACAAUACUCAGGAGGCUAAAUCGUUCGAGUUUUGGGAUUAUAGACAAACUGGAUUGGAGGCCCCCCCUGGCUUGACGAACCGACGGCGAAUCUGGCAGAUCUUUAACGACAUGGACGAGGGAAAGACCUUUGUCUGGAGAGAUGGGUGGUUGCUAUAA